ACAAAAUAAAAAGCGACAACCUUCACAGUAGUUGGGUUGGGGAAAGAAUAAUUGUCGAUCAUUUUCAUUUCAGAAAGGCGUCGCAUUCUUCCGCUGGUGGGAUCAAUCAAUCAAGCAGAGAGCUCUCCACUGAUAGAAAUGGCUGCGCUCCACGGCAAAUGGGUCAAGCAGCUCGAACAGGAAGGCAAAGGGCCAGGCGCACGCAGCUCCCACGCCGUCGCCCUAGUCGGCGACAAGGCCUACGCGUUCGGCGGCGAGUUCGCACCACGCGUCCCCGUGGACAAUCAGAUCUACGCCUUCGAUCUCAAAACCCUCACCUGGUCGGCUCCCCAAACCACCGGCGACGUGCCCCCGCCGCGAGUCGGGGUCACGAUGUCCGCCGUCGGCAAGAUGAUCUACGUCUUCGGCGGCAGGGACACCGAGCACAACGAGCUGAACGAGCUCUACGCCUUCGACACGGAAACCAACAAGUGGACCUUGCUCUCGACUGGAGACGCCGGGCCAGCCAACCGGAGCUACCACUCCACCGCGGCCGACGACCGCCACGUAUACGUCUUCGGUGGGUGCGGCGUCGACGGCCGGCUGAACGAUCUGUGGGGUUACGACGUGGUGGAGAAGAAGUGGGUCGGGUACCCGAGCCCGGGAGAGGGAUGCAAGGGGCGAGGCGGGCCUGGGCUCGCCGUGGCCCAAGGUAGGAUUUGGGUCGUGUAUGGGUUUGCAGGGAUGGAAGUGGACGACGUGCAUUGCUACGAUCCGGCCCAGAAGAAAUGGGCCCAUGUGGAUACCGCGGGAGAAAAGCCCACUGCGAGGAGUGUGUUCUCCACUCUUGGGAUUGGGAAGCACAUAGUGAUCUAUGGAGGGGAAGUUGAUCCUAGCGACUUGGGGCAUAUGGGCGCCGGGAUGUUCGCCGGAGAUGCUUACGCAUUGGACACCGAGACGCUGUCGUGGAAGCGGCUGGACGAUGGCGGCGGUAGCGAGAGCCAUCCGGGUCCGCGGGGAUGGUGCGCUUUCGCCGGCGGGGAGAUGAACGGAGAGAAAGGGUUGUUGGUGUAUGGUGGGAAUUCGCCUAGCAAUGAUAGGCUUGGUGACAUGUACUUCUUCACUCCUUCCUCGGAGGUUAUUGGUGUGUAGUUUUUACUCGAAGUGUGGUGGUGAUUAUGAGUGUUUUGGAGCUUUGAAAAGGGGAGUUUGUGAAAAAGGAGUGUGGAAUAAUGAAUAAAAAUCCCUUUUGUGGAGUGUUUGUGUAGGUGAAGAACAAUGUAACUGAUUGUGUGAUGUUUAAUGUGUGGUGUAGUUCGUGUUGAAUCUGCUACUUCUUCACUUCUGUCGAUUACGAAUCAUCAUAGCGAGUUGAGUUUGUGAGUGGUUACAUUUACGUACCAAACAAGAUCGAAUUUGCUCCGAUAUAGAUGAUAAUGAGAUCAGGGUUGUUCGA